UGGCCACCGAGCAGCUCCACGAUGCCGAAGCGAGUGGCACACACCAAGUGGCUCCUCUGGCUACUGAGCACACUGCUGGCCGUGCCACGGGCCGCAGUGGCAGCGCCGGCGGCGCCCGUGCCGGGCAGCGCGCUGUCGGACAGGGAGUACGAGCAGUUCUUCUCCAGGCUGCACCCGCCCUGGCAGGCCAACAUGUUCUGCCUGCUGCGCCAGGCCUACGGCUGCCUCAGCCCCAGCAUCCUGCACCUGGACCAGGCCGAGAACCACGGGGAAAUCCCCGAAGGGCCAGUCUGCUCUGAAUUUCCAGAGGUAGUGCAGUUCCAGACCUUCUGCCAGUUCGCCCAGUACCGCUGCCUCAAACAGCAGUUCUUCAUCAAGCGAGUCCCAUGUUUGAGCGAGUCUCUAGAGCCUCCACCUCCCCCAGUGGAGCCAUCCAGCACCGUGAUGCCCUCGAUAGAGGGCAGAGCCUCCCCUGUCACACAAGCUCAGGAACCGUGGCCGACGAAGCACCCCACAGCCACGCCACAGGUGCCCACGCCCUGGCAGGAGAGCAGGAAUGUGCACACACCAAAUCUCUGGGCUGCCACCUCACCUUCCAGGACGGAAUCCCCUGACGAACAAAGCCUGAGAAAAAGCAUCUGGCAGCUGAUCCAUUCGGCCCUCUCCUUGGAUGCAUCCUUGGACACCAAGGCCGCCUCUUGGAACUUCACCAGCCCGAGCCCAGGACACACAUCAGAGCAGGGAAUUCCCCCCCGAGGCAGCCUUCUGGCCCUGCAGAACGAUGAGGCAGUGCUGAUCCUGUGCUACGCAGUGCUGGAGGGAAAUUGCCUCUCAUCGAUGCUCACCAUGGCCUGGAAGGAGAUGGAAAAAAGAGUCCUUGGGUUCGGAGACUCGGUGUGUGACAACCUUGGGCGGCACCACGUGGACCUGUGCCCCGACUGCGCGUUCUGCUCGCUGAAGAGGGAGCAGUGCCAGAACAUCGAGACCCUGAACCGCGUCCACUGCGACUCAGACAGCUUUGUCACCUACAUCAACCCCGAGAUCUCAGCCCAGCAGGGGCACACAGAGGGCAAGUCCAGGUCCUCACAGACCCUGGAGGACUACAACAUGGACUUUUUGAGAGGGAUGAGGAUGGAGUACUGGUGCAGCCGGAUGGCCGUCUAUGGCUGUAAGGACCCUGCUGUGACCCUCUGGCUGAAGACAGAGUAUGACACCUUCCCAGACGUGGAUGGCUCGGGAAAGAUCUGUGACUCAAGCGGGGUUCAGCAUCCCAGCUACUGCAUGUUCAAGAGCUACCAGUGCCUCCUGAAGAGCAUCUACAACGAGAGGGUGUUUCGCGUGGAAUGCAGGCCUAACAAGACCUACCGGGUGCUGAGUGCGAGGGAGGGACGCAAGGAGGUGCAGCUGUGGCAAGAGAAGUUCCAGAGCCUCUCCAGGAAGCAAUCAAAAAAUGAUUAAAGUUUGUAAAGACCUGCAA